AUGGGCACUUUGCCACCGACAAGCAAUAUAUUCAAUAAGCCGUUCUUAGAUACGCGACAGACCUCCACAGUGCCACGCUCACCUCUCCAAAUGCAUGAUCUGGAAUAUCAACUUGAAGACUAUGAAGAAGACGCAAUUCUCCUCCCCAGCAAAGACUUCAUCUCUGAGCCCCGCAAAGCAGAUCCUGCAUCCAAAUGGUCCACUUGGGCUAAGCUCGGACUCUCUGUCCUAACAGUAGCUUGUGCAUGCGCGUUGUACGUCACCUCUGCCAGCAUUUCGGACCAGCAUAAUGCCCAUGGUUUGCGGCAGCCAAGCCAGUUUCCAGGUCUGGAAUUCUCUGAAGAGCUCGGAAGAAAAGCAGGACCUAUGAUGUACUUUCCACGCAAAAUCGUACGGGUAAACAAGGCUUUGCCUGACCAAGUGUAUACUUCGGGCUCACACGUCAUAUUGAGCGACGACGAUUCAAUGUUCUUCCAAUGGAACCUAGACAAGUCGAAAUUCAAAUCUUGCUAUAUCGACAGUGUUGUUCCCACUCCCGAAGAUGGCCUUGCGGCCAACAAGACCUACACCUCAUCUGGCUCCCUCACCCAGAUUCAAAUUUGGAAUGUCACCACUCCCACAAAAUCCAUGAAGAGCCUCAGCUGGAACUCGCGACCCCAACGAAUCGCACUAAUGGGCACUGUCGCAUUUUUAUCUGAGAAAGAGAAGGAACAGCUGCUGGACUUCGAAGAUGGAUGGCAAUCACUGAUGCCAACACGGUUCUCCUGUGGUGAGAAAAUGACUGUUACCAUCGAGGUGGCCUGCGAAGGUUGUAGACUUGAAUUUGAGCAAGUGUUCUCAAGUCCUGCGUUGGGUGAGUGCAAGCAGUUGUGUCACAGAUUUGACGUGUUAAAUUGA